AUGUCCUGGAACGUGAACGCCCCAAGUUUCGUCCCAAACGUGAAUGCGCGGCCGUUUGUGCCGGGCCAACGUUAUGAGUCGGAACCAGUUGCUCCAGCUCAACCUCCAGCGCCCGAACAAGGUAAAAAAUCAAGUUGAGUUUAAUGUUUAUACCCAAAAUUUCAGAUUGGGACGCGGAAGAAGAUCAAGCGGCAGUUGCGGCUCCUUCUGAAGCUGCUCCAGCUCACGUGAAUGAGCCGGCAGAGCCUGAAGAAGCUGUGGAGCCACCUCAGGAGAAACCUGAGCCUCAAGUAGAUGAACCGAAGGCCAAAGAGGUUUUGAAGAAAAAAAAAAAAAAUAAAAGGAGUUUUUUUCAGUCCACUCCAGCCAGUGACCCGGCGGACGAUAUUAUUGCGCCGAUCGCCAAAAAAUUCCAGCGCGCCGUUUUUGUUGAUGGUUUUAAAAAUCGCAGAAAUUUUUUCGAGUUCAAUAAAAAGAAUUUCAGACGGCUCACACAAGGAACACAUCAAUAUUGUGUUUGUCGGCCACGUCGACGCUGGAAAAUCUACUAUUGGAGGUUCAAAAAAAAGCGGAAUGAAGAAUAACUGGUCAUUUUUAGGCCAGUUGAUGUUUUUGACGGGAAUGGUUGAUAAGCGAACACUCGAAAAGUAUGAAAGAGAGGCCAAGGAGAAGGGUCGUGAGAGUUGGUAAGAGAUCUGACUUUUUUUUGAAAUUUCUUUUUUUCUUGUCAUAAUUCUUCAUCGUUUCCUUCCGUUCCAACUUCUAAAGUUUUGAAAACUCUAUACAAAAUUCUCAAUCAACUAAAGUUGUUCUUGGACCCUUUUUUUGUGAUUUUUGACCUUGAAGGCUUGAAAUUAUAAUAGUUUGAAAAAAUUAAUUUUUUUCUGAAAACCUUCCCCUUGUUGAAAAAAAUCUUGAAAACUGGAAAGUAAAAAAACCCAACUUUCAAAAAGGUCUUGCUUUCCCAGCUAUUACAAGCAAUUCUGAAUUUUUUUUUUUUUUCGUCUUCUUUUCUUGAUAUCAUCCUGACUAAGAUUUUUAAUCAAAUCCCUAGAAUCUCAAGUUUUCCAUUAACCUUUCAAGUAGGAAUUCAUCUUUUCAACAGAAGCUAACCCCAUAUUCUUGAAACAUCGAAAAUGCAGGUACUUAUCGUGGUGCAUGGACACGAAUGACGAGGAGCGCGAAAAGGGAAAAACGGUGGAAGUCGGUCGGGCCUAUUUCGAGACCGAGCGACGACAUUUCACGAUUCUCGACGCCCCCGGCCACAAGUCCUUCGUCCCCAACAUGAUCAGUGGUGCCAAUCAGGCCGACCUGGCUGUUUUGGUACCAAAUACCACAGAAAAACCCCGAAAAAAUGAUUAUUCCAGGUGAUUUCCGCGCGCCGAGGCGAAUUCGAAACGGGAUUCGACCGUGGCGGGCAGACCCGGGAACACGCGAUGCUUGUUAAAACUGCGGGUGUCAAGCAUCUGGUCGUUUUGGUCAACAAAAUGGACGAUCCCACGGUCAAAUGGGAGGAAGAAAGGUCGAGUUUUGGGGAUCCUCUAAGCUUUGAAGACAGUCGGAAAAAAACUGCUAAAAAUAUAUCAAAAAUUUCAUCUUUUUUUGAAAUUUUUUUACAUAAUGAAAACAUAUAGAGGUUUGAAAAAAACGGUUUAAAAACAACUAAAAUAAAUAUCUGGUUCAUUAUUUUUUUCACUAAAAUGUCAAUAAUUUAAUUAUUAUUCGUUUUGAUUAAGAAAAAUGAGCAAUCCCACUGUUAAAGGGAGGCGAUAAAGGUCGAAUUUCCGAGAAAUAAAAGUAUUAAAGCUUCGAAAAUUCGAAAAAUGGGUUAAAAAUAAGUCUCAUAUUUUUUUACAAUAGGCUUGACCUCAAUUUCUGAAAAAAUAGAAUAUUUAAAAAAAACUUGAAAAUCAUGCGUCCAUUUUUCUUGUUCAUUAAUUUUUAUUUUCAAAGAAAAAACUAAGCUUCAAAAGAUUCAAAAAAAAAUAGGAGUUUAUGCAAAAUUUAAGUUUUUUGUAAAGAAAAUCUUCUAAACCCUUCAAACAUCAAAAAAAAAAAAAAAUGCCAGAAGUUUUUCGAAAAUAAGUCAUUUCGAAGGAAGGACGAUUUUUCGAAAAAUCUGAAACCAGCAAAAAACACGUUUCAGAUAUAACUUUUAAAGAAAUGAUCACGAGAGAGUUUCGAUACCCUAGAGCAACGCGUUUUUGUAGUUUGUCUAAUGGUUGAUUUAGUUCUGCGAUUGAUUAAAAAAAACUUAAGAAAAUUGAUCAAUGCGAAUCUUUCCAUAAUUGAGUUUUGAUAUGAAUAUUGACACGAAAUUUCAACAAUAUUUUUCCAAAAAUGAGGUUUUUUUUUCCAAUUUCUCUUCAAUCCCUUCAAAAAAACCAACUUUUCCUAGCCAUUUCUGAACUCAACUCCUUUUCUCGGAGCGUUGACCGGUCAGCUGUGAUUUUAUUUCGACCGGUCGAUGGCGUCGAUCGAUCCGUUCACUCAUUUCUUAUGCAUUUCGAGAAGAUUCCCGGUCUUUUAUUAGAUUACCGAGUUUUUGGAUUGGAUGUACUUCAAAAAUUAAACUUUUCACUUUUUUUAGUUCGUAAAAAAAGUUGAUAAAUAAUCUUUUUUUCGCAACUCAUCGAAAACUUUUUGAAAAAGUAAGUUAAAAUUUGGGGUUCCGACAAAUUCUUUAAUAAGCUUGCGGAAGUGAUUGUAAAAAUUAAAAUUAAAAAAACUUCAAAAAUCUUUGUUUCAUUUUUUUCACUUUCAUUACUUCAAAGCGUUUUAUUGAAAUAUGGAUAAAGUUAAAAAUUUUUAAUAAUUUCGAAGUAAAACGGCAGAAAUUCAUUUGUCAUUUUUUCAAAAAUAACUUGACGAAAGAGCAUUGAAGCUUUCAGGAAUAACCAUUUUUCUCCUUUAGGUACAAAGAAAUCGAAGGAAAACUGUCGCCUUUCCUCCGCAAAUGCGGCUUCAACCCAAAGACGGACAUCACCUAUAUUCCGUGCUCGGGAUUGACCGGCGCUUUCAUCAAAGAUCGACCAAGUGCCAGCGACUGUUCUUGGUACACGUGAGUUUCAGAAAAAUGUUUCAAAAUGUAGGAAAGUUAUGAUAAAAAUGAUGAAUUCUUUGAUGAAAAUCAAGUUUUUUUUUUUCGUUUCUCUCAUGAUUGUAUUGUUCCUAGUGUUCGGGAGUUUCGAAAAAAAUAAAUUAGGUUUAAUUAGAGGAAAAUCAUGAGAAGUACACGUAUUCUCUAGAAAAAUAAAAGAAUCCCCAAAUAUAUACUGAAAGUUCAUUUUUUUACGCUUCUUUUUAGAGUUCUACUAUCACUGGUAAACGAAAGUUUCGAGAAAAUCUGAUGAGAUUCGAAAAAGAUUUUUUUCUUUUUUUCUAGUUUCUUUAUCUUUUCCUAUUUAAAAAUAUGGCAGAGCAAUUUCAGAAAAAUCGAAGAAAUCUUUCUGAAUUUGAAUUUUUUCUUCUAUCUGUAGAGGUUUGGUAAUGCAAAUUCUAAAGAAUCCACAAAAAAGGUAAAUUCUGAGGUUUUGAACAUAUGAUUUCCGAAAAGGUUUUGAAUUUUUCUCUUUCCAGAGGUGCCUGCUUCAUCGAAUUCAUCGACCAACAGCUUCCCUCCUACAAACGCGACUAUAACGGCCCCGUUCGCUGUAUUGUCGUCGACAAAUAUUCGGUAAAAAAUCAGAAAACGAAAAAAAUCAACGAAGAGAUUAAAUUUGAAGGAAAUGGGAACGGUUGUGAUUGGAAAAAUGGAGUCCGGUGUCGUUGAGAAAGGCGACACGUUGAUCGUCAUGCCGAAUAAGGUAAUUUUUUUUUAGGAAAAUGAAGGAAAAAUGCCGUCGGAAAUAGGUACAUAAUUAUCGCCGAAUCUGGAAUGUUCGAUAGAAAAAUGAGUUCAUUUGGGAAGGCUCCACCGCUUCAUAUAAUCUCGUAUAUAACUUUUUCAUCGAUUCAGCAACCCGUCCAAGUUUUGCAAGCUUGGAACGACGAGCUGGAGGUGGACCAGGUGGUCGCCGGCAACAACAUCAAGUUCAAGCUGAAGGGAGUCGAAGAGGCCGAACUCAACAACGGAUUUGUCAUCGCCUCUCCCGACUCUUUGCCCAAAGUCGGACGGCUUUUCGACGCCGAAGUGAGAGAAAAGCCCGAAAAAUCAAGUUGAGGUGUACCUUUGCAGGUGUUCAUCCUCGAGCACAAAUCCAUCAUCACUUCCGGUUAUUCCUGCGUCAUGCACAUCCAAUCGGCCAUCAAGGAGGUUGUCGUGAAGGUGAGCGACUGAAAAAUUCAUUUUUUUUUUUGAGAAAAAUGGAUAGCUUUUUUCUCAAGUGAUCUCUCGAAUCAUUCCACUUGAGGGGCCACUUUACUUAUUCUUAUUGUUUUUUGAGGAGGUUCUCGAAAAAGAAGCUCGAUAGAAAAAUUCGAAAGGAACUGCCCUUAUCGAGCGUUUUUUCCUUGAAUUAAAAUUAUUCUUCAAGAAGUUCUAUUUUUCCAAGUGAUCACUUGAUGGCUUUGGGUUCCACUUAAGGGAUCACUUGACGCCUUCAUAGUGCUCUUGGAAAGUUUAGACAGGAUAGUUCAAAAAAAAACUGUAUCUUUCAGUCAUGUUUACCUUGUAUUAUAGCCUUUUCUCCAAAAAAAAAAAUCUUUGAAUCAUUUUUUCCACAAAAAUAGCUAUACUUUUUCAAGUACGCGAAUUUCCAGGGCGUUCUAUGUACGAUCGACAAAAAGACGGGCCAAAAGACGAAAUCGCGAUUCGUCCGACAAGACGAGAAGUGUAUUAUGCGGUUGGAGAGCCCCGAAUCUUUCGUCAUUGAGCCUUUCAAGGUAUCAGAAUGAUUUGUGAAAUACAACAGUACGGAAAAAUAAUUUUUAUGAAGAAAUGUUGGGAAAUUUCGAAGAAAAAUUGAAAAUACCAGGUUUUUCCUAUCAGGAGGGGUUUUUUUUGAAGCUUGAAAGGAUAUUGAAAUUUGAAGUUUCCUUUUUUUCAGUUCAUGAUAAUAAUUAUUUUUUUGAAAAAAAUUAAAUUUUUGAGCGCUUUUUCUCGUAAAAGUUGCUUUUUAGCCAAAAAUGGGUUUAACAAUUUUUUUCUAUAUACCAAGUAAUUUCACAAAAAAACCCCAGGGGUCAUAUUUAUUUAAAAAAAUUGGCAAAAAAAUAAUUUUUUUCGUUUGGUUUUUUUGGAACUUUCUCCACCAACUUCUUAAAAAUCAAUUUUUUUGGAGUUUUCGAAGAUUAUAAUAGAAGUGUUUCCCACCUAAAGAAAAAAAUGCCAUUAACGGAAUUUGUCUCUGCAGGAUUACCCGUACCUCGGACGAUUCACUUUGAGAGACGAGGGCAAAACGAUCGCCAUAGGAAAAGUGCUCAAAGUUAUCGAGUAA